AUGUUGGAAAUAGCCUGCUUUGCAAGAUUAGACUUUGAUCCUACUGAGCCAGCAUACACCACACGCAUGAUGCUCAGCCAAAUCAGUCUUGCAAUCGAUGAGGGAACGCUGCAGUGUCUGAAGGCGAGAUUUCACGAAUCCCCAUUGCUUUGCAAGGCCCGCGAUGACAGACAGUCUGUCUUUGGCAUGGUAAUUCGCGUUUUGCUUUUGCCCAACUUCAUCAAUCUGGAUACACGAAUCUGUGUCGACAGUCAAUGUAAUUUCAAGAACUUGUUCCAAACUUGCAAUUCAACUAGAAGUACCAAGGUCAAUAUCUGGCUGCCGCUUCUGCUACUGCCAUAUAAAAAUACAAACAUAAUCACAUCCCUAGCUCGCCGCAGUUUGAAGCGCACCAACUGCUAG